AUGACAACGCGGCAGACCGCGUGGCCGGGCUUUCCACCAUCGUUACACUACGGGGUGCCUGUGCCGAGGCCAUCGUACUGGACUGGGGACUAUGCAGGCGUGCCGGUGGGGAUGCCUCGUUUGCACCGUACAGCGAUGGAGAUGCCAAUUCAAAAAAUGCCCCGUGCACCCCAAGAGAUGCUUCCCAGUAAUGAGAGGGAGACUGUAACCCUGCUUGGCUGUAGCAGCAGUUGGGAUAGGUCACAAAAACAUCCACAUGAGAAGAUCUGCCAUUCCAAACUCCACCUGCAAGACAGCUUCCAAACGACCUUCUACAGCCCCAUCACACAGGAUCCAAAGCACAAACUGAACGAAGUGAGGCCAUCAUGGCACGUGAAUAGCAGCACAGCUGUUUGCAUGGAUCGAGCAGCCCUGAUGAGCUUCUCUGUGGACAUGGAGCAGGAAAGACGCAGAGAGUGGGCAAAGCCUGAACUCAGGAGCCAGACUGCAAUGACACAAAACCAGACUGCUGACUUCAAAUAUGCUGAAGUCAGUCCAUUACAGUCAACAACUGAGAAGGUGUCUUCUUCUGUAGACACUGUGGCUGAUGAGGCUAGCUUAAGCUUUGAAGAUCAGAGUGACAACUUCCACAGCAUCAUGGAGGAUGAUAAGAGCAUACUUGUCUGUCUGGAAAGCAAAGAUGUGAAGGCACAUAACAGUGGGGUUCACUCAGGUCCAGUCACCACUAACAGUGAGGUAGCCAGCAGUGAGAACUUGAAGUCUGAUCAGUCUGUCAUCAAGAAGAACACUGCAGAAAAGUACACCUCCCCAAUACCCUGCGUUAUGACCUGUGACAUCAUGGCUGGCACUGAGCUGGCACUGUGCAUGACAGCCUUCACCCAGACUGAAGAUCCAAAAACAUCUGAUAUGAACGUCAUUACUGAAGUCCACAUGGCAGAUCUGGACUAUAUCGCUGAGGAAUUUAACAAACUGAAGGCAGCUGAAGGGGAACUGAGAGAGCAAAAAGAGAACAUGAACAGAUUGGGUUGUAAAUUGAGACAGGAAUGUGAUUAUAUAUAUAUAUAUAUACAUGCUCAGCAAGCAGAGCUGUGCCUCCUGGCCCUGUAGUACAGUAUGUGCAGACAGCACUGCUGGAGACUCUAUAUACCUCUGCUUGAGGAGACAACAAUAUUGAUCAGGCCAAAGAACCUUCCUGCAGACAUUUUAAAUGUUCUGCAAAAACUGGAAUCUGAUUAUACUCAGAUGAGGGAUGAGAUCCUAGCAGGGGUUCCACUGGAGCAACUUGAGCCUCUGUCUGUUGACUCUGAGAAGACGACCACAGGAGCAAGUUACAUCCCUGCACAGAUCAUUGGUGAUGUGCUGGGAAGUGUUCCAUCUUGGAGCUCCCAGGAGCAACAUUAUGUUUUAGGUGAAUCCAAUGAAAGUCAAAGCAGAAAUACCUGCCAGAGUCAGAGAAAAGAGCAGACCAGGAGAGCAGGGGGAGAUGUCCCGUUUGUCACCCAGGAUGGAGACGCUAUUCAUAAUGCAAACAAGCAAGAAGAAAAACAGACACCUGCCGUCAAAGAGCUCAACAGAAGCGAGGUGUGGUAUGAUGCUGAAGAGGACCUGGAGUCUGCAGGACCUGCAGUAGCUGCCGAGAUGGGACAGGACCCAACAGUGAUCACAGAAGAUAAGAACAAUGAAUCGGCCAGUGAGGAGGCCAAGAGCUCACUACUCUGUGUUUCCAACCUGCCCUGUAAUGUGACAGAGAGUGACUUGACACUGUGGUUUGAGAAAUACCAUGCCUCUGAAGUCAGCAUCUCUGCUUUAAAGAAUGAUUUGAGAGUUGCCAUAGUGGUGACAAGGGGACGUCAGUCUGCUGAGGCUGCAGUGAGAGAGCUUAACGGCUGCAGCAUGCAAGGCCAUACUUUACAUGUGCAGCACGUCAGUGGAACCAUUGGUGGUAGCCACAGUCAGGCCUUCACCUCCAUCAGUGGGCGUGAGUCUUCACAGGGUGCCACCAAACCACAAACCUCCAAGACUGAACCCAGCGGCGCUGAGAGAAAGCUGAUAACUCAGUCAGUGCUCUGCUCCAGCAUCAGGACCAGGAAGGUAGUCUCCACCUCCCCCACAGCAAAGGGCACCUAUGUGCCCCAACACUUUGGCACCAUGGGCAGCUUUGAUACGUUGAUGGCCGAGCUGAUGCAGCGCCACCCAGAUGUUGUAAGGCAGAGGAUUGUGGAUGCUCUGAUAGAGCUGAAUACCAAACAUCAGGGCGUCCUCUGCAGCCUGCCCCUCAGCACCAUCAGGGAGAUGACUUCUGAGCUUCUGACCAGGUGUCCGCACCCACUGCAGGCGCGCUCAGCGGGUGUCGGCCGUCAUAUGGCGUUCAGCCCGGAGAGGAGCGGGUUAAUGUUCGUAGCUGCGAGUGGGCGGAGAGUCCAGCUGGGACGCAAACGGCACAGCGCCACAAUUCACCUUCGAACAGCUUUUGGACCGCAUCGGAACGAGAACUACCGAGAACCCGAUGGAGAAGUUUGUGAGUUGCUGGCAGCUAUGUGUGAAGUAGUCAAGACGUGGAAGUUCGAGGCGUCCGGACUCAGAUACUCAGCGGAGUCGAGUUCAAGGAGCAGAUCAACAGGAGCGUGUGGAGCGGCCGCGGGCUGCACUCUGUGA